UAAAAAUGCAAUCAGAUUUACAAACUUAUAUAUAUCAGAAAAGCACUCACCAAAUAAGGAAAAUAAAUAUAUAUAUACAAGAAAACAAUAAGAGAAAACUACAUUUAGAUGCACUCACCUAGCAAGAAGCACUUCAUGGAAAGUUCCCGAAUUAAUCGUUCGAUCUGGAACAGAACACAGAGUUCCAUAUUCAGGCCACAUACAUAAUAGCAAGAACAUUUGCUUUUGGUUUAUUAUUACUACAAUUAAUGCAUAAGUAGAAAUUUGAUUUUAAAUAUUAAGGUGUUAUAUUAAAAAGUUUGUGUACAUUUAUUUGAUAAGUAUGAAAAUAGUUUAACUCUUCAUGUGUGUGUGUACGUAUCCUUUUGAAAAAUGUUGCCCAGGACAAGGCGCAAAUCAAAAACAAAAGAACAAAAAAAUCGACCCCAAAAUGAAUUUUAAAUGCUAAACUUGUUUAUAGAAUCAGUGAUAUUAAGUAAAUAUUUUCAUGAUUUCAAGUUUUGAAAUAAAAAACAUAAAUCUAGAAAUUCAAUACAAAAAAUAGUAUCUUUGUCUUUUGAGACAUAUUUUCAAACUGCUCGGAUGUUUUCGUUUUGUGGUGCCCAUGAGGCAUUUUACAACACUCAUAUUUUCAUUAUGUUAUUAGCAAGCCGCCACAUUAUGUAAAUAUUUUCGAUUAUUCGAUAAACUGAGUUACUAAAAUAUCAGUAUUAUAUCGAUAAGCCGCCACUCCAGCUGUUCGUUUUCGACAUAUCGAUAAUACGAAUCGAAAUAAACAAAUGAAAUAGCGGCAAAAAUACAAAACAAAUCGGACAAAUGGCAACUUUUAAACCAAAGUUUAUAAAACCAGAGACAGACGAUGCCAUCGCUGAUGGAGGUGGCAACCAGGAGCCACAAAAUUCAGCAUUCGUAUUCAAUGCCAAUCACAAUCUCGGUCUAGUUGAGCAGCGAGAGCGCUUGCCGAUUCGCAAGUAUCGCGACCAAAUCCUCUACUGUCUGGAAAACUUUCAAGUUGUCAUCCUGGUCGGAGAGACAGGCAGUGGCAAGAGCACACAGGUGCCGCAGUACCUCUACGAAUGGGGCUGGCACAGCAAGGGCAUGAUUGGCAUCACAGAGCCUCGCCGGGUGUCCACCGUGACGCUAGCCAAUCGCGUGGCCCAGGAACGAGGCGAGCUGGUGGGUGAUACUGUGGGUUAUGUGGUGCGCUUUUUAGAGCGCACCUCUAAUGACACACAUAUUAAAUUCAUGACAGAGGGCAUUUUGUUGCGAGAGCUACUGGCCGAUCCACUGCUCACCCAGUAUGGAGUCAUCAUUGUCGAUGAGGCGCAUGAGAGGAAUAUGCUCACGGACAUGGUGUUGGGUCUUUUGAAAAAGAUCCUGCGCAAGCGCAGCAAUUUAAAAUUGAUAAUCUCCUCGGCCACCAUCGAUGCGAGCUUCUUCAGCGAGUUCUUCAGCUGGCCCCGAUCAGGAGCUGAAGCGAAUCAGCUCAUCAGCGUGAAGCUGAGUAUCGAGGGACGCAUGCACGCUGUCAGCCACUUCUAUUUAAACGAACCCUGUGCGGACUAUGUUCGCGAAACGGUGGAAACUGUAUGGAAAUUGCAUCAGAAGGAGCCACCAGGCGAUAUACUGGCCUUUCUAACAGGUCAGGAGGAGGUGCUAGAGGCAAUGGACUUGCUCCGUGAGUACAUUGCCAGCCAGGAAACGACUAAUCUCAAAGUGCUCCCCAUGUAUGGCAGCAUGACCAGCAACGAUCAACUGGCGGUGUUCUUUACCCCGCCCAAGGGAGUACGCAAAGUAGUGCUGGCCACGAAUAUAGCAGAGACUUCCAUCACGAUACCAGGCAUAGUGUACGUGAUCGAUUGUGGCUAUGUUAAGGUCAAAUGGUACAAUCCCACUACCUGCAGCGACAGCCUCGUUGUCGUACCCGUUAGCAAGGCGUCGGCUAUACAGCGGGCCGGUCGUGCGGGUCGAGUGCGUCCCGGCAAAGUCUAUCGUCUGUAUACGAAACAGGAUUACGAUGCACUGGCCCCACGACAGCCGCCAGAGUUGCGUCGCAGCGAGAUGAGCGGAGCAGUGCUGCAGCUCAAAGCUUUGGGCAUUGGCAACGUUUUGCGCUUCGACUUUCCCUCGCCGCCGCCUGCCCAAAAUCUUUUGUCCGCUCUGGAGACGCUUUACGCUCUGGAUGCUAUUGACGAACAGGGAGAGCUUACCCGACCUGUUGGCUUUCUUCUUGCUGAACUGCCCUUCAGUGCCAUGUUGUCGAAGAUGUUAUAUGUAUCUGGCCAAAUGGGCUGCGCAGAGGAGAUUAUUACGAUCAUUGCCAUGCUCCAAGUGCAGUCCGUAUUCUCGCGUCCCGCCUCAGCAGCUGCACAGCAAAGCGGACGCAUUGCUCAUCGACACUUCGAGGUGGCAGAGGGAGAUCUUAUUACCCUGCUCAAUAUACACAGCGCCUUUGUGGAAGAGGGCAUGACCAAGGAGUUCUGCGGUCAAUACUAUCUCAUCUAUAGAAAUCUAAAGCGCGCCUGCGAGCUACGGGAACAGCUGUUGAAUCUGGCCAGGAAAAAGUAUGGCAUUGCCAUAUUCUCCUGCAAGGGCGAUGUGGAAAUGGUCUGCAAGUGCAUCACGGCUGGCUUCUUUACACAGGUUGCCUAUCUGCACCACUCUGGCGUCUACCGGCAGAUCAGCAGCGGCACCGAGCUAGCCAUACAUCCCAACUCUACGCUAUAUACGCUGCCCCAGGCGCAGUAUGUGGUCUAUGGCGAGUUGCUGCAGACGACAAAGCUGUUCAUGAACCACGUCACGGUCAUCAAGAAGGAGUGGCUCACAGAGCUGGCGCCGCACUACUAUCAGCAAACCACAGUGCGGGACUAGGGGAUGGGGGAUUGUUGGUAA